UCCUGUUUCCACUCUCCAUCCUAACUAGAAUCAGAUACCAGAGCCCCCCCCACCUCAUUCUCCUCCCAAAAAUCAAAUUGAUAUUUGCCUCUCCAAUAUAUAAAUGCGACUCUCAACUUCCCCCUCUCUUUAACACAGAACCUCAUAAUUCUCAACCCUUGAGGUCGAUUAAAAUGGCCUCUAGAAGGAUUAUUAAGGAGCUCAAAGAUCUUCAGAGAGACCCACCAACUUCAUGCAGUGCAGGUCCUGUUGCAGAGGACAUCUUUCACUGGCAAGCAACCAUCAUGGGUCCUAAUGACAGUCCUUACGCUGGUGGCGUUUUCGUCGUUUCGAUCCACUUCCCUCCUGAUUAUCCCUUCAAGCCUCCUAAGGUUGCUUUCAGGACAAAAGUCUUCCAUCCGAAUAUUAACAGCAAUGGUAACAUAUGUCUAGAUAUUCUCAAGGAUCAGUGGAGUCCAGCUCUAACAAUUUCAAAGGUUCUUCUGUCAAUUUGCUCAUUGCUCACUGAUCCAAACCCUGAUGACCCCUUGGUACCUGAGAUUGCUCACAUGUGCAAGAACGAUCGUUACAGAUAUGAGUCCACUGCUCGUAGCUGGACCCAGAAGUAUGCCAUGGGCUAAUCAUGAGACUUUAUGCUAUAUCUUAUUAGCGAAACAUUGACAUAAUGUCCCAUUGAAAAAAUGUCAAGUUCCAUAAUGCUCUCCUUCACUGAGAGGAAUUAAGGGAUUUUAUUUCUAUUUUGACAUCUCAUCAGUAGAAUAAAAUGGUGCGAUGUUUUUUAUUGAUUAAGAUAUUUGUUUUCAGGUUUACUGUGAUGCUCUUGCUAUGUAACAAUUUAAAUAGGUCAUUAUGACACUCAAGUUUCAGAUAAAAAUUUGGGUUUUAUGGACAA